AUAACCAGUCCUUCCUGUUCCUUCUCCAUGUAAUCCUGUUUAUUUGUGCAUCUUGCAUUAUUGAAGCUAGCUAAUAUUAUCCCAAACACUUUAAACCAUCUCCUUAAACAUAUGUCCAAACACCUCUAAAAUCUCAUACCAUGGCAGAACCAUACUCAAAUUUCUUCACUGGAGGAUGGUACAACUUUGUCCCUCUCCAACAACACUAUUCUCAGCCACAAAAUCAAUCUUUUCCUCCUCCUCAUUCGCCGCCUCUUUCGGAGAAAGAAGCUCUUCCUCUACUUAACAAAUUGACAAGAAAUAACCAAGAGCCCUCCUCCUCCUCCUCCUCAUGUUUUUCUAUAGAUGUUGGACAAAAUAAUGAUGGUCACUUGUCAAGUGCUAGUGAUAGAGUUGAUGAAAGUAUGAAUGUAACCCUAAACAUUGGGCUUCCAAGCCCUAGUUUUAGUAGUACUCAUUUGGAACCAACAAGUGAGGAGAAAAGUGAGGGAGGAGUUGAUGUGCUUUUAGGGUUACCCUUGAACAGAUUAAACAAGGGCCAAUAUUGGAUUCCUAAUCCAAGUCAGAUUCUCAUUGGUCCGAAUCAGUUUUCGUGUCCAGUUUGCUGCAAGAACUUUAACAGAUACAACAAUCUACAGAUGCAUAUGUGGGGGCAUGGAUCUCAAUACAGAAAAGGGCCAGAUUCUUUAAAGGGAACUCAACCAACUGCAAUGCUUAGACUGCCUUGUUAUUGCUGUGCACCUGGAUGCAAGCACCAUAUUGACAAUCCAAGAUCAAGACCACUGAAAGAUUUCAGAACUCUCCAAACACAUUACAAAAGAAAACAUGGAAUCAAGCCCUUCAUGUGCCGUAAAUGUAGCAAGGCAUUUGCAGUGAAAGGCGACUGGAGAACUCAUGAGAAGAAUUGUGGGAAGAUUUGGUACUGCUUCUGCGGUUCUGAUUUCAAGCACAAAAGAUCUCUGAAGGAUCAUAUUAAGGCCUUUGGCCGUGGCCACGGCGCUGUUGGGAUUGACUGCCUUGAUGAAGAGGAUGAAGCUGUAUCUGAUAACGAGAUUGAACAAGACGGUGAAUCAUCUGUGUGAUAGACUAUCCCAUAUCUGGCCUAGAUGCUCAAAGUUUCUUGGGAAAUUAUUGAGUCUGCGGAAAAUAUGCCAUAUAUAACAGCCCGGAUGCUUAUAUUUUCUUGCUAAUUUCUUUUAAAUGGACAGCACUGUGUUUUUAAAAUUUUGAUGUUUAAGUAUGGUCCAGAUAUAUUGAUCAACAAAGAUUCUUGUGUCUUCUA